AUGCGCUUCUCGGCCCUUGCCUUCGCCCUCGGCGCCGCCGCCUCCGCCAUCCCCUCCUCCGACCUCUGCUUCCGCGACCACCACGACGACAUUGCCGACUUUGCCGACUGCGGCUCGCGCGACGCCCUCUCGCAGUGCUUCGCUCAGCUCCCCAGCGGCGCCGACCUUGCCGCCCUCGAAGGUUGCUACGCGGCCGCCGGGUGCUCCGCCGACGAUGCGGCCAAGGAGGCCGGCUACGCGCUCGACCGCUGCACCGACCUCCAGCGCGAAGGCGAGCUCCGCCGCCGCAUGGCCGCCGCCAUGAUCACGCCCGCGCCCGUUCUCGCCAUUCGCGAAAACGCCCAGGGCGACGACUGCUUCAGCACCGAGGUCAGCAGCGAGAAGAUCUGCCCGGGCUUCGUCUCGGGCACGUCGCUGCCCUGCACCACAGGCCCCGUCACCGCAAAGUCGUGCCGCAGCGGCUGGAUCUGCACCGAGGACCCCAACGGCAAGGAUAUUUGCAUGAGCAAGGUUGACAAGCUCGACAUUGGCGGCAUCGUCCUCGCCAUUGUCUUCUCCGUCAUCAUCCUCGCCGGCAUCAGCUUCCUCAUCUUCAUGUCGUGCGCCGAGAGCCGCGCCCAGAAGAAGAUGAAUGCGCGCGCCGAGGCCACGGCGCUCGCUCGCGCCGCCACCAAGAAGAAGCGCAACGAGGAGGUGCGCGCGCCGCUCAUGGCCCAGCAGCAGCAGCAGCCCGAGUACCAGGCCCAGGCAGGCGGCGUCAACCCCUUUGGCGACGGCCAGCCUCACUAA